AUGAGAUUCCUUUCUCGUGACCCAUUGGUUGAUUUGAUUCAAUAUACAGCAAACACGGCUCGCAUUUGGUUCUCUCCUGGUUUCAAUAGUCAAUUCACCAAGUCCCAGAAGACUAUCGAGCAGUACACCAAACAUCUUGACCGGCUGAUUGCUACGGCUGCUAUCAAAGCCUCUCAUAAGCACGACAUUCACAUCCUCGAUAUCCUCCAAACAUCACAUGCAGCACCUGCAUCACCUCCAGUACCUUUACCGGUUUCGUUUCCGUUUCGAUUUCUACAAAAUUGCAUUCGGAAUGAUCAAUUCUUCGGACGAGAAGAACAGAUGACACGUCUGGAUUCCAUUUUCUCCCAGCCAUAUGCACAGAGCAUACAAAGUGUUGUGAUACACGGAUUGGGUGGAAGUGGGAAGUCGUCAUUGGCCAAAGAGUACAUGUACCGUCGCAUGGGCAGAUAUGAUGUCGUGCUUUGGGUAUAUGCAGACGACGUAAGCAAACUCAAUACCCAGUUUAUUUCCUUGGCGAGGGCACUGGGCAUUUUCACCCACGAAGGUCAGGCCCGUGAAGCCGUUCUUCAUUUCAUCAACAACUUACUGGUUCCAUUUCUCAUUGUUUUUGACAAUGCCGACAACCCUUCGAUUUUGUCGUCAUAUUGGCCGAGCUCGGGACAAGGCUCGGUGAUAAUUACUAGCAAUAAUCCUACUACUCGUGAAGAGGGUUACGCACAGCACGGCAUUACUACGGCAACCUUUGACAAUAACACUGGCCCACAGUUUCUCUUAUCACUACUUGAUGACAGAAAUUGGAGCUCAGAGGAUAUCAGAGCCAUCCGUGACCUCUCUCAGCAAUAUGAUGGAUUGGCUCUUUGCCUCCGACAGGCUGCAUCGUUCAUGAGGUCAAGACGAUGCAGUCCAUCCCAGUUUUUCAAGCUUUAUCAAACUCGACAUGCUGAAAUUGAUUCCUUCCCCAUACCGAACUAUAACAAAAACGUGAUAACAGUUUGGGAUAUGUCGAUGACCAUGUUAUCUUCAGAUUCAGUGGUCCUGUUGGAUGUGUUAUCUCUCUUUGAUCCCGAUUCAAUCCCAACACAGCUGUUUCAUCCGAGGCAAAUGAAGCAUAGAUAUGGUGCAUUCCUGGAGGACCAGAUGAAUGUCCUCAACGCCGUUGAGGGCUUGAUCAGUCAAUCUUUCGUCGAGUUCAACGAACAAGAAGAGACACUCCGGAUCCAUCGUUUCUUUCAAAUGGCAACUUUUCGACGGCUGAGUCAAAGUCUUGAGAGAUUCCAGAAUUCCAUCCACCUUGCCACUGAACUCAUCCAUAACUAUUUACCCGAAGACGACCUGGUCUCAGUGAGACAGCCUCAACGAUGGAAAUUUAUCGAGGGGGUUCUGAGUCAUGCCUUCAGCGUUUACCGCCAAACUGUCUCCGGCGCGCCUGGCCACGUAUCAGCAAUGCUCCUUCAAUGUUUGAGUCACCUGGUGAACUACGGAUUUGAAACUGGUCAGUAUGCUUUAGGGCAGGAGGCCUUCCAGAAAGCGCAGGCCAUCAUACACAAAGUGUAUCCCUUGGAUUCCAUUAUUCUGGCGCGACUGUACUAUUACCACUCAAGGAUCUGUGCAGAAGAGUGCAGGACCGAGGAUAUGCUACACUCAAUACAACUCUCCCAGGCGUACUUUGACGAAGCAGCAACCGAAGACCCCGAUCUGCAUCAUUCGGCUCUUUACAAAUCGAUAUUGUCCGCGCAUGGCAAUGCGUGUACCGGAAUGAAACAAUAUGCGGAAUCUGAACGCCUUCUGCUGCACGCCAUCGAAUGUUGCAUGAAACUAGGCACAGAGCAGGAAUGGAGCUUGGGCAACUUAACGCAGAAUCUAGCAUGCUGCUACCUUUGGUCAGGCGACCUAGAGAAAGCGGAGCUCACUGCGAGAAGAGCUCUACACCAACCAAACACAAAUCCCGAGGCUGCAAAAUACACAAUGGGAAAUAUAAUGUUGCAGAAGGGGUGCUACGACCAGGCACUUUCGCUGCACAAAGAGGCCCUGGCCACUUACUGCGAGACUAUGGGGCCUGACCAUCUCACUUCUUCGGAUUCAUGGAAUAAACUUGGGUGCAUACUCUCCAUGCCCAAGUUUGCGGAUCAGCAUAUCAGGGAAGCAGAACAAUGCCUCAGAGAGGCCCUUCGGAUUGUGCAGCUACCGGCUAAUUCCGGGAAUUAUAUCUCUGGCGUUCUGACCGCUAGAAUAUGGUGGCGGCUUUCUGGGAUUUUGGGCACAUGCGAGGAAUCCCAGACCAUGCAGGCAAAGGCUUUGGAAUAUUUGGAGGCUCGGAUAGGACACAAGGUACCUUUUGAGGAUGUUGGGAAGGCUUUUGAAGAUUUGGUUUUCUACUGGAGCCGCUGA